GCGCGGGCGGCGGCGGGCGGGGACGGCGCUCGGGGCCGGCCCGCGCGGCGCCCAUGCUCGGGGAGGGCCUCACGGUGUGCGGAGCGCCGGGCGGGUCCCGCGACGCUGAGCGCGGCCUGUCCCGCAGGUCUGGAUGCUCGUGGUCGGCUUCCUGCUGGCGCUGGCGCCGGGCCGCGCGGCAGGCGCGCUGAGGACCAGGAGGCGCCCGGCGCGGCCGCGGGAGUGCGCGGACCGGCCGGAGGAGCUCCUGGAGCAGCUGUACGGGCGGCUGGCGGCCGGCGUGCUCAGCGCCUUCCACCACACGCUGCAGCUCGGGCCGCGCGAGCAGGCGCGCAAUGCCAGCUGCCCGGCCGGGGGCAGGUCCGCGGACCGCCGCUUCCGGCCGCCCACCAACCUGCGCAGCGUGUCGCCCUGGGCGUACAGGAUUUCCUACGACCCCGCUCGCUUUCCGAGAUACCUGCCCGAAGCCUACUGCCUGUGCCGAGGCUGUCUGACCGGGCUCUACGGUGAGGAGGACUUCCGCUUUCGCAGCGCACCCGUCUUCUCUCCGGCGGUGGUGCUGCGGCGCACGGCGGCCUGCGCGGGUGGCCGCUCGGUGUACGCCGAACACUACAUCACCAUCCCGGUGGGCUGCACCUGUGUGCCCGAGCCGGACAAGUCCGCGGACAGUGCCAACUCCAGCAUGGACAAGAUGCUGCUGGGGGCCGCUGACAGGCCGGCGGGGCGCUGAUGAGACUGCCCGUCACGGUCCAGCUUCCUGCAACAGGUUCCCUGGCCCCCACAAAACCCACCCCACGAUCCCUGGCUGUUGCCCACUUUUUUCGAAAAGACAGCUACAUAAGCUUUAAGUAUAUAAAUAUUUUCAAAGUAGACACUACAUACCUGCUACUAUUUUUGAAUAGUGGCAGAAACUAUUUUCAUAUUAGUAAUGUAGAGCGAGCAUGUUGUUUUUAAACUUGAUAUACAAGCACACCAGAUCCAUCCAGUUUCCCUCUAGUAGGAUUCUCCAGCGCAUAGUCGUGGUGCUCAGAUGAACUCCCAGCCGCACCGUGCCCUGCCUCUGAGUCCCUCCUGUUGCCCAGGCUUACCAAGGUGAUCUGAAUGCUCUCAUCUGUGCACAGAAGGCCUCCCAGGCCCGUGGAGAGGGAGGGAUGGAGGGGCCAGGAACCAAAUUCCCUUUUGUUCUUUAGCAUGUGGAUGGUCUCAACCUCAUGAGGAUUAAAUUUUUUUGGUGUUAUUCUUU